UCACAGCGACGCAAUCGUGAGCGAUCCACAGUGAGUCCUAGGCCGAGAUCACACCAUCGUGAGCAAUCCACAGCGACGCAAUGGCUUCCAAAUCCUACAACAAGAUCACUGAUAUCUACGACGACCUCAUCCUUCAGGUUGUUAAGGUGGCUGAUUUUGGAGUUGCUAGAGUGAAAUCUCAAACUGAAGUUAUGACGGCAGAAACUAGGACAUAUCGAUGGAUGGCUCCUGAGGUUAUAGAACACAGGCCCUAUGAUCACAAGGUUGAUAUUUUUAGCUUCGGGAUUGUAUUGUGGGAGUUGCUAACCGGAAAGCUGGAAAAGGAGAUAAUAGAACUGACUCUGCAACGAGACGUUGCUCAAUCUCAGGUUCAGGAUUUGCUACGAUUGGCUGGGGAUGAAGAUUCAAUGGUAGGUUUGAAUAACUACCCUCACUUGCGAGUUCAGAAAUCGCCAGAUUCUGGAAAUGCAACAUCAAAAGCAUCCCUUUCAUCAUAUCCUCACUUCUUGGAUGUUAGUGUCAGAGCAUUUGACAGAUCUCUGUCUUCUUAUGGACAUGUGAGUAGUUUUGUUGAUCACUACAUACAAAUUCCCAACUUUGAAGAAAACUUUCAGCAGAAUGAUGCUUCUCCACACCUAUUGGUCACUACUGCUAACUUUAUUAGAAGCAAUUCCGCAAAUAGUUGGGACGAGAUUGAGGAACAAACUAACGGAACUUCAGAGGAUUUAUGCAAGGACGUUCGAUGCAUUGAGACGGUAAGUACAGACCAAAAUUCAGAAUCCUAUAGAUCAUCCCCUGAAGAAAAUACCAGAAUCUCAGAAUUGAUGAUGGAUGAGAAUGGAGACAGAAUGGAUCAGGAAGACAGAACAGAUCAGGAAUUUGUGUCACAGCCAAAUGAGGAAGAUAGAGGGUUAAGUUACAUCCCUCAUUUCGUUGCUCCUUCUCCUAAAAUAACAUCUCCGUGGCCGUUAAGAAAGUAUACAUGUAGCUCUCAAAGCUUGCAAUUAACUAGAAGUAGCAGUUGUAAAGAAAGUUUAAUGACUAGACCAUAUUCACCAUUGUUUGAGAAGGUAGAAAAUAAUGAGAACACACCACCAAAUGGGUUUGAGAGA